AAAUUGGAAGGGGAAAAAAUAACCACCAGUGACCAGACAACAGCUGCUGUUGUUACUAUAUACCAAAUACUGUAUUACGGUAAUAAUACUGAGUAAUUAUAGUAUUACUCAUUAGUUAUUAUCCCGCACCUAACACCCUGAACACGGGCCGUUAAGUGACAAGACGGCAGCUGUUGUAGCCUGUUCACACAUGCUUCUUACAAUCUUGCCAUUGAUUAAUCAAUGAUCUCACUAAGUAUACGUCCAUCACUCAUCAGUCGCCGGUUGUCGAUAAAUAUCCAAAUACCUAAUUGAUCGGGCCGAUAACAGUUUUUUUUUUCUUCAAUCGACAAGUAGGUACAUAAUAUUAUUAUCUCUCUUGGGCGAGCAACAAGUGGGAUUAGAUAUACCCUUUUGAGCAAUCAACAAGUGCGAAUCGAGCGAGAUGGCCGCCAACACGACUUCCAUCAAGAUUUUCACCACCAAGACCGCCGUCAAGGAAAUCGGUUCCAUAAUGAGAAAAUGCAAACAUCAGAUGAGGUACUUCGACACCUGUUACGUGGAACAGUGGUACGGCGACAAACGGGUAUUUUGCUAUGUGCUCUACGAAGACGGUGUGCCGGUGUCUUUCGCUCUGUUGUCCACUUGCGACUUCGACCCGAUGAAGGAGUACGCAAAUCCGAAAAUGUUGAACUUCAUCUACACCCUAGAAGGGCACAGGAGAAAAGGCUACGCACUCCAGUUGGUGGAACACGUCAAGAAAAACAACCAGUUCACCGUGUGUUGCAACAGCGAUGAUUCAAAAAACCUAUUUGAAAAAUCCAACUGCAAACGUUUGGACGACCUCAUGUACAGACAUCCAUAAACGUGCAAUUAAUGUACACAACAACAACCCACUCAAUACAUACGGCACAAUCGACACCACGUACCCGAGGUAGGUGCCCGGAUGCUACACGGCCGACGUUUUGAAAAAUAACGCUUAGAAAUUUAAAAGAAUAGAAUAGAAAGUUGCAUUGCAAACACAGUAAAAAAAAAUAAACUUUCCAAGUUUUACUUAAACUUAUCGUGAAUAAAUUGACUUGAAUUAUAUUAUAUUUUAGUGUAAAAAAAUUUUUCAACUUUGUCUUACCAAUAUUAUUUUAGACAUCCUAUCCUAUAUGGAAUUUUGAUAAAUGUAAAAUGUAAAUUUGAGUUCUCAAUAAAUGUUUUGUGAUUGUUUGUA